GAAAGUCGUAGGUGAAGCUGCCAUUGACUUGGUAAGAAAAGGCUUGUUGGAAACUUCCUUCAACAAAAACGCGUUUUUACUAAUUCACAUCUGCAGGAUUGCCUUAAUAAAGCAAAGCCUCUCAUCCUUUGCUUCUAAUCUAGAAAAAAAAAAGGGAAAAAAAAGUGCAAAAAGCCUCUCUUUGAUCGAUUGCUGCAGGAUAGACACAAGGGUUUCUUGUUUUGGUGUUUCUCAGAAGAUAUGUGUCCUUUCAGGUUUAUCUUGGUGUUUUUGUCAGCAGUUUUGGCUGGAUAUUUUGCAUGGAAGACAGUGCGAUCGUCGCCAGAGAUUGACGACAUGGUUUCCGAUGAUUCAACGGCUGAAAAGACUUCAUUGGAAGAUAAACAAGAAUUCAAUUCGAAAAGGAUGAUUCAAAAUGGAUUCUGGGUAUUUGUCGACAUGGCCAGUGGGAGCUACUUGUGGAGGAAUUUGAAGGAGAUGAAGAAAGAUGCGACCUUGAAAAGCUCGUAAGGUUUAAUCAAUGGGAUCUGUUUGGAUUUCCUUCUUCUUUUUUGUAAAUAAUAAGAUCUCUGUAUCAUAACAGUGGGGGGAAUUUGUGCUGUUGAGGAUGGGAGGAGGGGGCUGUGUUUUGCUAGUUGCUAGUCAAGAGAUGUCAAAACAUGCUGCAACUGUAGAAUGUCAAUUGAGAAUCCUUCGAUUAAUGGAUAUUAACUUUA